AUGGCAGAGAUUGUCGGGUAUCAUUAUAAUAAUGCUGCUGAUGAUGAUACCAAAGAAAAACUAUCCAAGAACGUUGAUGAUCCUUCAUCGGUUCAUGGUUGUUUACAUCCUCAUUUUGCUGUGGAUGCGCAUCGAUGGGCAAUUAAAAGUAGGAAGAUCACCAAGGAUGUUGAUUGGACUCUACGUAAGAAGUUCAAUAGCCUCAUACACCUCUUACACUACCUGGCUCAACAUUUGGGAGAUGAGUAUGAGAGCAUGAACUCCACGGAUAAAAACACCUUGCAAAGAGAUACAGCUCAUCUAAAUAGUGAAUAUCAAAAGUAUCGUCUAAAGGGGAGUAAAAUAUCAUAUGAAGGAGACAGCGAUAGCAUGGUGAUGGCGGAAAGAAUAAAUAGAAUGCAUGAUGAUGAUAAAGAAGAUGAAGGGCAUGAAAAGAUAUUGAAGAGAAUAGCUCGAGAAAUGAGAUUGCAAGAUUGCCGUAUAAGUGAUUGUUUGGAUCAUGGUGGUCGAGCAGCAGCAGCAGCAGCAGCCGGUCAGAUUGGACAUAUUAGCACCGAACAAUGGAUGACCAAGUACGAUCAAACUUGA